CAUGUACAUUAGGUUGCCGUUUGUAACGUGGCCGUGAAUUCUAGUCAAGCGUCGCUGACUUGUUCACCGUGUGAGCCUGGAACAUUUUUGUUUCUUCUCCAAUGGACACUAAAGGAAAAUUCUCGAAAAUGGGAUGAGUUUUUUUUUUUAAAAAACAGGAACCCCUUGAAGAGGAGCGCAUCACACCUCCUGCAGAGCGAUGUCACAGUUUUUUUCCUCGGAGGACGAGGCCGAGCUCCAGUCCCUGCUCAGACAGCUUCUGAAGAGCGUGAGAGAACGAAUCGCCAACGCGCCAUCGGUGGAAUGCGCCGAGGAGAUCCUGCUUCACCUGGAGGAAACUGACAAGAACUUCCACAAUUAUGAGUUCGUUAAGUAUCUGCGUCAGUAUGUGGAGAGCAGCCUGGGGGCUGUUAUGGAGGAGGAAACGGAGAACUGUUCCAAGGGAGACGGGCAUGGCGUCGGGGCCGGGCAGGACACACUGGUCCAUGCUGUGACUAGAAAAACCAGAGAAUCUGCACAAUAUAAGCAGAUGAUGCAGACCUUAAAGCAGACCAUGACGGUGAUCGUGGAGUCACUGCUGAACAAAUUCGAGGAGGAUCAGCUGAAGAAGGAGGAGACCCAUGGCACAAACCAGCGCGAACAAUCGGACAGUCACUACACAGACAACUGCUCGGACAGCGACUCCUCGUUUAAUCAGAGCUACGGCUUCAUCAAACAGGAGCAGCUCCAGGUCAUUUCUGAGAAGCUUGACCCAAGUAGACCAAGAGAGGUACGCUGGGAAGCCCUGCAGCUGCUCUGCUGUGCUCCACCUUCUGACGUACUGAGCUGCGAGAGCUGGACAGGUCUACGCCGAAACCUCUCAGCUGCCCUCGCUGACCCAGAUCCUGACCUCAGUGAUAAAGUGUUACGCUUUUUUGCGAAAACGUUUUCUACCUCUCCUCUGAACGUGACGAGGGAAAUCUACACCAGCUUGGUGAAAAGUCUGGAGACCGACUUCCUGUAUCACAAGCUGAGUUUCCCCUCUGAGUCAGCACAUGUGGAUGUUAACAGGCCGGAUAUCACUCGACUCCUUAAGCAAAUGCGCUUGAUGAACGACUUUCAGAAAGAAGUGACCACGUUUUGGAUCCGGCAUCCUGAAAAGUACAUGGAGGAAAUAAUAGAGAGCACAUUCGCUCUUCUGUCUCUUCACCCUGAACACGGCUCUGAGAAAGUCCUAGAGCCUGUCCACUUCCUGUCUCUGCUGGACAUCAAAGCCAAUUGGUUCAAGAGGUGGAUGCAUGGCUACUACAGCAGGACGGUGGUCUUGAAGCUUCUUGAGAGGAAAUACAAACCAGUGAUCGUUACAGCUCUUCAGCAGUGCAUUUAUUACUUGGAGUCCUGUGAUGCCAUCAGAGAGGGAACACUGGAGAUCACGCACGCCAUGGAGCAUCAACGAAUUGGCUCUGCUCAGAGAAGCUGUUACAGCGCUAAGGAGCUGGAGUACGCUCACUUCGUACACUCGCUCUGUGUACUCGGAAGGCUACUGAUGUACACCAAUGGGAGAAAGCUUUUUCCCAUUAAAGUGAGGAAGAGGAGAGAUCCGGUGACUCUGAGUGACUUGGUGGUGAUAUUGAUUAACGUCAUGUAUCAGCACCCAAACACACAUCACUCCGAUUUGAAUCACGCAGACUCACUCUCCCCCACUACUCUGGUGAUGGAGGUCCUGAGGACCCUGUGUGAACGCACUGAAUGUGCUGUGGAGUGUAUCUACCAGAUCCCCGUCGUCGAGACCCUGCUGGUCCCCAUCCUCGCGCUACUCAAAGGAAAACAGGCCAAAUUAAACUCUCCAGAAAGCAGCCUGACCCAUAUAGCAGACACGCUCGCGAGAAUCGCUACCACCGAACGCGGCUUAGCGCUUUUCCUGUAUGAGAGGAAGAUUGUCUCUGCCGAGGGUGAAGGUAUUUCAGCAGCGCACGUGAUUGUGCAGUUCACUCAGGCACUGCUAGCUAAAGAGCUACGAGCAUGCGAAGAGCUACAGAACUCAGCCGCCGUGAAAGGGGCCUUCAUUUUCGUGUGCCGUCAGAUGUAUAACACAUGCGAGGGGCUACAAGUGCUCAGACCCUACAGCCUGCACGAAUGCAUAGCUCAGGCAUGGAGAAAGGCGAGUGUGCUGUCAGAAAGAAUUCCCACUCCUGUUCCUGGAGCUCUCGCACCAUCAGCCUCCCAGGACCUCCACAGCAUAAUGGCUUGGGAGGAGAUGCUCUUGGACAACCUGCUGAACUUUGCAGCCACUCCGAAAGGCCUGAUGCUCCUGCAACAAACCGGAGCCACUCAUGAGUGUGUUGCCUACAUGUUCACCAGGUUCACCAAAAAGCUCCAGGUUAGCAGGUGUGAGAAGUUUGGCUAUGGGGUGAUGGUGACCCAGGUUGCAGCUACAGCCCCGGGCAUUGUCGCUCUGCGAAGCUCUGGUUUUAUCCAGGCCAUAGUGGUGGAGUUGUGGUCAGCACUCGAGUGUGGCAGAGAGGACGUGAGAGUCGUCCAUCCCAAAUCCAUCCCAAUGGAGCCUAUCGAUAGGAGCUGCCUCAAAUCGUUCCUAACACUGGUGAACCUGCUGUCCUCUCCACAUGCUGUGCUGGAGCUACUGGGACACGAGGUGCUUCCCAACAAGACAGAGUACAGUCUGAGAGAAAUGCCCACCUCCAUUAUUGACGUGAUGGACCGCCUCGUCGUUAUUAACUCUGAUGCCAAAAUCCACUCCCUGUUCAACUACGAGCAGUCACACACAUUUGGCCUUAGGCUCCUGAGUGCUAUGUGCUGUAACCUGGACUCCCUUCUGCUCUUGGAGUCUCAGUAUAAACUCUCAGACGUUCUGCUUCAGAGUCAGAAGGACAACGUCUUCGAGUCCUCAACUGGCCAAGAUGAGUUUAUCAUUGAUGGCCUGUCUGUGGAGAGAAAUCACAUCCUGGUUCGAAUGAAUGUAAUUGGUGGCCCUUCCGAAAGGAGACUUCCUCCCAGAGCACUGCAGAAGGGGAACGAUCCAUACCCGUGGCCUAUAUUCUCGGCCUUCCCUGUGCCCACAUGUUACACCCUCGAAUUGCCAAAGACCUCCUGGACUAAACAAGACUCUGAGGUGAGCGCUUUCCUGACUUCCUCUAAAGAUGGCGAGAGAGAUGAAAACUGGAUGGACAACUGCAGGAGACACCUGUGCAAAGCCAUUACUACCAAAUCCAGCGUUCUGACAGGAAGUGUGCUAGCCGAUCUUCUGGAGAGGGCAGUGCUGCACCUCUCCUCCUCUCCACCCCACUGCUUCUUCCCACCUGCAGAAUAUAAAGUUGUGGAUCACGACAUAAAGGCUCGCAAUCUGACGCCCGUGGAACAGCUGGGCGUCAGCUCGGCUCUCAGGUACGGCUUACUGCUGAAGUUAGUGAGAGAGGAUUCAGAGCAGGAUCUCUGUCUUCUCAUCAAACACUGUCAAGAGUUUCUGUCUCAGCAGCGCAUUCCAAUCCAGUCUGAUCUCUCUUAUCUGCAGGGCAGUUACCCUGGUCAUGACUGGCUCUCCUCUACCAUUUUUCUCCUGAUGGGUGGCGACGUGGGCCGCUCUCUCAACCUGCUGCUACGUUUCUCCCGGCUGCUGACUUCAGCCUUCCUCUGGCCGCCUCGAAUCUACAGAUCCGUGCACAUGCCAUCAGAGAUGGCUCAGUCGGGCAUUCCUCCUCUCUACUCCUGCACCGCCCACUACGUGGAGAUGCUGCUAAAAGCCGAAGUGCCUCUGGUCUUCUCUGCAUUCAGGAUGUCUGGCUUCACCCCUUCACAGAUGUGUAUGCAGUGGCUGACUCAGUGUUUCUGGAACUACUUAGACUGGCCUGAAAUCUGCCACUACGUGACCACAUGCAUCAUCAUGGGCGUCGAUUACCAAGUGUACAUGUGCAUCGCCGUGCUGAAGCACCUCCAGCAAGAAAUCCUGCAGCACACCCAGACCCAGGACUUGCAGCUCUUCCUCAAGGAAGAUCCCAUCGAGGGCUUCAGAGUGGGAGAUUACCUGGAGUACAUGGAGAGCCUAGAACGCAGAUACAGGUCCAUGGUGCUCAUAGACAUGAGGAACAGCUUGUUAAAGAGCACAUAGUGUUAAACAAACUUCGGCAAAAAAAAAACUUUGAGGAAUAAAUUCUGCACUCCAGACACAGGCAGUUAGUGGAAUUAGCAGAAAUGGCGGUGACUUUGGGUAGGCAACUGAAUGCAAGCUUUUUUGUGUGUGUGGUUUGGAAUUUUGUAACCUGGCCUGUACAGGUACAAGCAUCACUGAGAUAUAUUUCCUCUGUUUCAUUUCAUUGAAACCCAGACACUGAGUUCUGUCUCAAGGUCACCGAAAGCACAUCUGAUGAUAGUUUUAUAACUUGUCUAAUGAGAGGUCUAGGCUCGUGCUGUGCACUGCAGCGUAUCGGAAUCAGGUGAUACAGUCAAAGCUGUGCAUCUCAUCUAAUUUUGGGUGCUAUGUCUAACCUAGGGUUUCUUUCAUUUAGUCAGGCUUGCGUAUUAAAUUUCACAAAAUUUCCUGUACGUGAAGCCAAAAGCCCCUGUGUCCCGGGGCAUGGGGCAUUCAUUUCUAUGAAUUGUUGCACUGGUUUAGUAAAUACAAUGUGCAUAUACUGUCUUUUACUGGUAUGUAUGAUGAGUUCAUUACUGUAGGUUACAGUCUAUGUGCUGUUUAAAUUAUGGACAUAGACUACAAAAUGUAGAAUAAAACUUGACUUUAUUAUUAUUAUUAUUAUUAUUAUUAUUAUUAAGGAUUUCAUUUGUUCAAUAAAACAAACUAAUUUGUUUACUAUA